UUUGACGACUUUGACGUUUGACAUUUGAAAGUUGUGUCAGUUCUGCUAUCACAACAAGUAUGUGUCAAUUUUUUAUAUAAAAAUCCAGUAUUUUCAUUAGUUUUUAAUUUUUAAAAUGUGAUUGUGUAUAAGUACUUAAGAAAGUGUCAGGUAAAAAAACAUGUACUUCCCAAUCGGGUGGCCAAAGGUUAUUAAAACACCAGAAUUGGGUCAUGGGAAAAUCAAACAAAUUACGUGUAAUAGAGACAGAAUUUUGUUUGCUAUUUUGACCGAAGAAUCUUUAGCAAUAUGGUUCUGCAAGCCCUGUGUCCCUAUAGUGUAUCAGAAACGUACAAGCAAAUCCAUAGAAAAAUUUGGGACAAAUGUUUUAGCAGAAUGGAAGCCAGAUUCAAGCAUGAUAGUAGUUGCUACUUCAGAGGGCCAUCUGCUAUUCUACAAAUUAGGGGUGCCUUCUGAUCAUAAAGGGCUGUAUGUCCAGACAGAUUCUCCUCAUGCCAACUUGAGGAGAGAUAGUGCUGAGCUAUUCAUAAAAGAAACUAUACCUCCUCUGAAGUUAACUUUGAGUGACGAAGUCAUGGUAUGGGAUGGCAGAAUCUCUGGAAUGGUGUGUAUAACGAUGUCCGAACUGAUGAUAGCCACAACAAACGGUCACGUGCUCAGAUACCGCUGGGACGGUAGCCAGAAUCGAGAUUAUACCUUAGAUUUAAGACGGAUACCGUUCUGUAUCAAUCAACAGGUGUCUAAAGCGGUUCCCAUCGUCGAGGAAAACACUUACAUUGUAGAUAUCGAGUAUUCCCCGCUGGUCGGAGGAUUCUCGAUAGUUUUGAAUGAUGGCAGAGCUGCGUUUCUAACGGCUCCCACUCUGAAAUUUGAUCCUAAUCAGGUGCAGGGGAUCUGGGCGCAGGGAAUAGAAGAUGCUACAUGUACAUCGAUUAAUCAUAAGUAUAGACUGAUCACCUUCGGUCGCGUGAACUCCGAAUGCGUAGUGUACUGUGUGGAUGAAAGUACAGGUGGGUUAGAAGUAUCGCAUAACUGCGUUCUGAGCAGCAAAGAUUACCCUGGCUAUCCCGGUGCGGUGGGCAGAGUGAUAUGGACGCCCGACGGAUGCGGACUCGUAGCUAGUUGGUCCAAAGGAGGACUCGCUAUGUGGUCCACUUUUGGAGCGCUCGUCAUGUGCUCUUUAGGGUGGGAUUACGGAUUAAAUGUAGAUAUACAAAAGAAUAAUCCUUUACAGAUAGUUUCUAUGGAAUUUGCAACUGAAGGUUAUCAGUUGUGGAUGGUGCAAAAAGAUACUUCCGAACCAAGUGAUAGGAGUGAUAGUAACGGCAAUCAACUGAAUGAUACAAACUACAAAACGAAUCUAAUACAUCUUGAUUUUAUCAAGAGUGCUCUGACUAUUAAUCCUUGCAUGAGCCAUCAGAGUCAUCUUUACCUCCAAGGAGAGGACAAACUGUACAUCAAUUCCGCAGAUACGCUGAUCCGAAUGUUUUCGGAUCGGUCUGGCAAAGAUGACGUUUUCGGCGAGAGUAUGUCCGCGUUAUCUUCAACGUUAGUCGAGGGAAGGCAAUGGCUGGUGGUUCCGGUACCAUCAACGUAUUCGGCGACGAAUUGGCCCGUCAGAUAUUCGGCAAUUGAUACCGAAGGGCUCAAUGUAGCAGUUGCAGGGAGGACUGGCUUGGCUCACUAUUCUAUGCUAUCAAGACGUUGGAAGCUGUUUGGAAACGAAACUCAGGAAAAAGAUUUCAUAGUCGCUGGGGGGCUGUUGUGGUGGAGAGAUUAUGUAAUUAUGGGGUGUUACAGUAUACUAGAAAAUGGAGAUGAACUAAGGUUUUACCCAAGGGAUGCAAAGUUAGAUAACAAAUUUGCAAAAAUAGUAUCCGUGUCCGCACCGGUGCUACUCAUAAAUAUACUUCAAGACCAGCUGAUAACUUUCAGCUCAGAUGCUCAAGUGUGCGUUUGGUCGCUACAACAGAACGAUAUGGCUGGAGACGUAACAGUGACCAAACUGCAAUCGGUGGACGUGUCCGCGCUGGCCGUUCACCCAGCGUGCGUCACUUCCGUCACUCUGACGUCGGUGACGCAACAGCAGAGAGGUCAGCAUCGAGGCCAAGCGUGCGACGGCAUGGUGCUGAACGCAGCCGGAAGAUUGGUACUGGUCAAAAGGGAGGUGAGAGAAGGAGGAGAUGGCAGAUGCUUGAUGCCGGUCGUGUUGGCCGGAUGCGUGGAAAACGUAUGGGUGCCCGGGAAAAGGAGGGCCGAUAAGCCACACCUUACCGAAAGCUUAUGGUUAUUUUGUGGUGCUCACGGGAUGCGAGUAUGGUUACCAUUAUACCCCAGGGAUGGAGAUAAAUCGCAUACGUUUAUGAGCAAACGGAUUAUGUUGCCUUUCCAAUUGAAGAUAUACCCAUUAGCAAUACUUUUUGAGGAUGCAAUAAUAUUAGGUGCUGAAAAUGAUACAGUACUCUAUACUUCGGAUACCAAUUCACCAUUUUCGCUGCCAUUUUGUGUUUUACAAAGAACUAGCCAAGUGUACCUGCAUCAGAUUUUAAGACAAUUAAUUAGGAGAAACUUAGGAUAUCACGCUUGGGAAAUAGCUCGUAGUUGUAUGGGUUUACCUUAUUUUCCUCAUUCUUUGGAAUUGCUUUUACACGAGGUGUUAGAGGAAGAAGCAACCAGCAAGGAACCUAUUCCGGAUGCCCAGUUACCUAGUGUUAUAGAAUUUAUAAUGGAGUUUCCUGUAUAUUUACAAACCGUAGUGCAAUGCGCGCGAAAGACUGAAAUUGCACUGUGGCCGUACCUGUUUUCGGUUGCCGGCAAACCCAAAGAUCUCUUUCAGGAAUGCAUGGCUAAGGGGCAACUGGACACUGCCGCUUCUUAUCUCAUCAUUUUACAGAACCUAGAAACAUCAUCUGUCAGUAGACAGUAUGCAACAAUAUUAUUGAACACUGCCCUUGAGAAGUCGAUGUGGGAAUUAGCAAAAGACUUGGUGCGAUUUCUUAGAGCUAUUGAUCCAAAAGACGUAGAAUCCGAAUCUCCUCGAGCUUCAUAUAUACUACCCCCAAAACUUACGAUGGCUCAACAAACUACUCCCGUUACCCCAAACGCCGAAGAUCUCUCGUUAAUACUGGGGAAUGUCCAAGGGCCGAGGGUGAGGAGUUAUAGCACUACAGUGUCGCCGAAACAAUUGGAAAGGUCCAAUAGUGAGAAAGUCGCCAGCGUGAUAGAGAGUCCUAAGCCAGAUAGGAAGAAAUCUGUCACUUCGGUUGGAAAUAAACAAGAAAGCAAAGGAUCUCCAAACAACACAGCUGAAGAGUUCUUCAUCGACGUCAUCCUGCAAAAGCAUGCUCGCCGACUAUUGUCAGCGCGACGCCUGACUGACCUAGGAUAUUUUGCUGCGCAUCUAGAUUUCCACCUGGUCACAUGGCUAGCCAAAGAAAGGGACAGAGCUGGCCGAAUAGAUGAUUUCGUAAAGGCGCUGAAACAGAUCCAUGAUGAUUUCAACUGGCCUUAUCCAUCGCCUGGGACAACUACUCCUAAGAAGAGUGCGUCGUCCCCAUUGGAGAGCCCCACCAGCCAAGCGAUCGAGGACCACCUGAAAUCCCUGAAACUGGACUGCUUCAAUUAUCCCAUGCCUUCCAGCAGGGUGGGGGACAGCGGGUAUAUGUCCUUCCAGGGACUGCCGUGUACGGGUCUGCUCACGCCUGUCAACACGUUAGAACAGGACAGUCACAUCGCCGAGUCCGAUGUAGAUGAUGGGAGUGUCUGUGAUAGCAUUUCUGAUAAGAGGAAAGUCGUCAAUGGGAUUGGUAGCGACUUGGACAAAAAGACAGGUGGAAGAUAUGCGAACGAUGUAAAUACGCCGCUGAAAAUGCAAGUACAAUCCUCGGUAGACGAGUCCAUGAUGAGUACCGUUAGCUCCGUAUGGGGCGACGAUAGGGAAAUCGGAACAUCUGGGACGGACAACUGGGAAGUGCCGUCCACUCAGAUUCUAGAGCAGUUGUCGAAUAUGGACAGCAAAGGAUCACACAGAUCGGAGGUCCAACUAAGGUACCUCCUUCAAUUGUUUAUGGAAGCGGGUUGCCUCGAAUGGUCGUUGUUAAUAUCAAUAUUGCUCAGAGAUGCUAUGGCUGUUUUACGAACUGUGAAUGCUGCGAAACCGCCAGAUCAGUCGAUCGAGUCUGUGUCGAGGCUUCGCCAAGGUUUGCUCAUCUUGAAUUAUUGGACGAAUACUGAAUGCCUAGGAUACAAGGCAUUCAUGCUCGCCAUACAAAAUCAAAUCUCCGUCCUGUCGCGUAUCCUCGAAACGAAGAUCCAACAACAACAAAUCACCGAAUACCAACGAGCCGUUUCGGCGUCGUUGAACGAAGUGGCGUCGCCAGUUCUGAGUCGGUCUCGUAAGACGAGCUCGAAUCAAGACAACGCCAGGAACAGUCAUCCGAUACUCAGAGAAAAGAAAAUACCGAGCGUCGGUGGCAACACGAUGACGGACAAGCUGAACGAGGCCGUCGCAAAUAACGUCACAGACGGCGCUGUCAACGGUCAGCUGGAGAAGAAUGGCGUCGCGGAAGGUUCUGGAUGUGUCAUUGCCUAAGUUCUUGUCCACGACACCGAAUUGACGUUCCUGGGUUUUGACCAACACUCUCAUGCACUCACUCGACAUGGACAUUUGAACGGAUUGUUUUUGGACGACCGGUGUGGUUAGCGUGUCCAACUGAUCCAGUCUCUCUGAAUUUUUCAAUUAAUCCGGCCAUAUUUUGUAUAAAAUUUUCGAACAGCGGACGAUGAACUUUCAUGAUUUUUGAACUAUUAUCGAUAAUGAAAACUACAUUAUUGCGUCCUAUAACGCUCUACCCUAACAUCUCAGCUGUCAAAUUGCUCUUUUUUCAGGGCUGCCUGCAAUUUACUGCAAACGUGGUGGCAAAUUAAAAUCUUGCGUUAAUUAUGGGAUACCCUUUACUUUUGAAACAGACAAUACAUAAAUUAUAACAAACAUUUUCUGCCAAGUUGAUAAUUAAAGUUUCUAUUUAUAAUAGUGUUAUUGAACAGGAAAAGCGACGUGACAUUUAACAACACGCUUUAUAUAUGAAUGCAAAUACAGGAGUAAAGACAAAAUAUCUCGUAUUAGUUAAUUUUUGUUGUGAGUUUUACAUUGUCUGUAUGUACCUUCGUAUCAAUAACUUUUCAAUUAUGGGUUGUGCCUCUUACCUAAAUCUCAGACAAAAAGGUAUGAUGUUUCUGUCCAUUAAUGAU